GUCCCUCAUGUCGCCUUUCACACAUAAUGAUAAGCUUGUUUCAGAAUCGCAUUCUUUAAGCCAGAUUCUCCCUUCUCACACACCACGACUAUGACUGAAUUUUACCAUGUUUUACCGACUUUUGACCGCCUUGCGUGGUCGCAGGCUUCAAGCGUACCAAGUCUCGCAAUGGCGUCGGGUCAAUAUGUCAAACCCGAUCACAGAGGACCGCCAUGCCAUCCAACAGGCUUGUAAUUGCCUAUUCAAGGCCAUGGAAAAUGCCAUCGAUUUCUUCCACCCACGAGACGCCGGCGCCUUCUUCUCGGUCGUACAGAAAUGUGUCGAGUUAUUAGUUGUCUGGAUUGGCUUCGAGCUGGAUGAACUAGGGGUCGGCGAAUUCAAUGUCUUCAGUAGACGACUCAAAGACUAUAUUCGAUUGCGCUUCCCCAAUGCAUCCAUUUGUACCCCCGCUUUAAGAGAGCUAAUAACGCUGGUUAAAAACACAUUGCAUCGGGCGCAGGAUCGAAAUCCAGAAUAUGCGACUGUCAUGGCGCAGGUGAGCCAGCGAGACUGGACGGAAGAGCAUGGCAACAGACUGUUUCUCGUGCACUUGGAGAUUGUAAAUGGUAUCAACCACGCGCUCUUCCAAGGGUUGCUUCCAAAUCUGCGCUCAGAUUAUUCAUUCGUCGAGAUGGUCACGUUCACUCGCGGUCAUCGACGAGAGAGCUGGAAUCUGGAUGAUGACUUCCCAAUGCUGCGGGAUGAUCUCGUCGAGCUUGAGGUCGACGAGACGGAAAGAGAAUACGGAGUGAUCGGUGAGCGGAUAGAACUCUCAGCGUUCUGCGGGCCUGUCACGUCGCUUCCUCGUGGCAUGGAGUGCUCGAUCUGUGUUACCGAGUUCGAUGGCAAGGAAGUUGAAGGCGAUCUACCAGUUUCGACGAAGUGCAGGCAUUUCUUCCAUGGAGAUUGCUUAGACAAAUGGGUCAAUGAGUCGGCGAUGAAGUCGUCUAACACGUGUCCCACGUGCCGCACAGUGCUGUGCAAGCCACGCAAGCGUGUUCACGAAUCUCUGGAGCCCAUGCCUGGAGUUGAUGAUGAAGAUGACACAUCAUCCGUCACCAACAGCUCGGCCAUUGCGUCGGUCAUCGCUGUGCCGUUGUGGCCACGCUUGCAACGACUCAACGCUCGCAUUGCGAACCAUCUAAGCCGGCGUAAUGCGCGUUCAGCGGAUGAGGAAUGGUCGGACACAGAUGACUCGAGCAUGUCUUCAAGCGAUUCUGUCGAGGCUGUGGUGCCCCAACGGGUGCAGAGAUGAUUCGCGAAGAGCUUUCUGAUCGAAAACGUAUCGUCAAUGUGUGAUCCUCCGUAUGUCAAGGCUGGCGAGGCCUUUGGACGAGCAAUACUUAUGUAUUAUGUACGCAUUUCUUCAGAUAUUCCAAUCAUGAAACAGUUCUUACUUGCCAUUCAAUCAGGUUCUUUCAAUUCGUACAGCCAUGCCUGACCAUCUUGAGGACCUACCAACCCUG